CCCCCGUUCUCUCGGCUCCCCGAUUCUGUUUCCUGCUUCCAAUUGUUCGAAGAAACAGCCCAAGGCGAUCCAGCACUGCUUCUCGCCCACUCAAGCAUUCCAGAUAUACACGACUGCCGCCUACACUUUGGACUGUCAAGAGCUAGCUGCUCGAACUCCGAACUGUCGGCGGGGAAGCUUAGCUUGAAGAUAUCUUCUUGCCCCGGAACGGGUGGCUCAUGUGAUGGUCGGGGUCUAAACCGCGCUGCCUUAAUUCCCAAUUUGGUCCGCCGGAUGACGUCGGACGGGAAACACAUUGAUAACUCUGCUACUCGGUAUGUUCUAUCUUCGUAUCCCGUUCUCUCUGUGCGCAGGGGCUAGAGGAGCCCCUGUAUCACCUCAAGGUUCUGCCGCUCAUAGCCCUUGAUUCUUACAUGCAGCUAGCCGACUUACACACGAAAGUCGAAGGGACGCGCCCCCGAGGCCGGAGAUAUUACUGUGGACAUGUCCUCGUCCGCGAGGAAUCGCGCCCCCUCGAACAAGUCGGUUGUCUCUUCGAGGGGAAGGCCGGAGAAAGUGCAGGACUUCACCAUGGAAGAGAAUGGGAUUGCUCGGUAUUUGGAGCCAUGCGCCGCGACAGCCUCCAUGUUUAUUUAUGUGCAGGGGAACUCGGUCGUUUGCUGCCAUCAUGAUGCCCUGACGAUUGAGAGGAGGUUCUCUAGGCACUCGGGCGAAAUCCAAUUGCUGGCCGUGGAUAACCUGAGCGAGUCUGGCCGCGGCCGGCUGAUUGUCAGCUACGAUGCUGGGCAGAACGCCAUAGUGUGGGACCUGAUGACGGGAGAAGAGAUCUCCCGGUUCACGCCCUACGACCAUCUCACGUGCGCUGCUUGGAUGCGGAACGGCAAUGUCGCCUUUGGAACCGCCCAAGGAUCAGUUAUUCUUUUUGAGCCCACUACGGCGGAGCACAUUUCGGCGAGAACUCUUGACCAAAUAGCAGUGACUGCUCUUGCUCCAGCGGCAGACAGUCGUGUAUUUGCCAUGGGAUACCAGAAUGGAUCGUUGCUGAUCGCGACGAUACAACCAAGAUUUACGAUUCUGUAUAGCCUGAGCACAGCGAGAGGUCCUUCUGCGAUCGUGAACCUGGCAUGGCAUGCCUCUUCGUCUCGGGGGAAGUCGGAUAUGCUGGCAGUACAGACGCACGACGGCGACCUCCGAGUCUGGAGUGUGUCCAAGAGCUACAGAAGCGACGACCAGGCAAAAGUGGUGAGGAUACUGAGGAGGCCGGGGAAUAAUUAUCAGGACGGACCGAACUGGAUGGGCUGGUCGAAGAACGGCAGAAUCAUUCAGUUCUCAGAAAGCGAAACUGUCUCGUGGGAUGUUCGGACAAAGCAUGUCACCCUGGACACUAUUCCGACGUUGGAGCACAUCCGGGGCCUGGCAGUUUACGGCCCUGCGGCCAGUCUGUUCACGCUGGGAGCAAACAACACAGUCCAGCAGUUCGACUUGAAUUCCCCAGCUAUGAUGGUUAUUAACGUUCAGCACCCCGCGAACCUUCUCCCCCCUUCACCACCCAUCUCACUCGAGGAGCAAGAAAAGGGGGCGAGUGCUAACACGUCCGAGUCGGAGUCAAUCGCGAUCCACUUGAAUGCCGAUGUUUCAGCGGGAAAGCAGGUCGGUAUGUCACCGCUCGCAAGGCUUGUCCAAGGCGGCGUGAAGCCCGAGUCUAAGACGGGCCAUCGGGCAACCAGCGACAUGUCGAGCCGUUCAAGCAUCUCCAUGUCCUCGAAGAGCUCCAGAUCGAAGAGCUCCAGAACUCCCGCGCACCGCUAUCCUCCAUCGGCAGUGUCUCGGGGUAUGACGGAGAUUACGCACAUCUCUUCUGGCUCAUCAAUGCUAUCAUCUGGGACACCCUCCCAAGACCGGCGGGAUCGAGACUCCCAUUCGACGAGUAGCUCCAUUUCUAUGACAUCCUCCCCAAACCCGUCGCACCGCCAUCAGCCCUCGCGCCUGCGCAACGAGGUAGUCCCGAGUCCUGAGGAGAGGGCAGUCAAAGACUUAUUCAGGUUUACGCGGAGCCGUCUGACCGACGUGCCCUACAGGCAACUCUACAUGAGUAGUGACAAUAGCCGCCUGACCAACGGUGAUCUUCGGCGGCAGAUGCUCAGCACCAUCUUCGGGUGGAACAGGGAGGUUGAAGAUCUGAUUCGAGACGAGAUGUCUCGCCAUCCCGUUGGAUCGACAAGCAGGAUCCUGCUUUCCAAAUGGCUCGGUGACAUGGAUGCCGAUUCCUUGGCAGCCGGCUCACAGAACAUGACUAUGGUGGAUUGGAUGAUCCUGGCGCUCAGCGGCAUGGGGGAGGCGUCUCAACAGCAGGUUGGACGCGGCUAUGUCCAACGACUUCUCAAGUCCGGCGACGUUCAUACUGCCGUGACCAUCAUGAUCGGCCUCGGAGACCACAUCGACGCCAUCGAGAUUUACGCCACCCAUAAGUAUUUCAUGGAGGCCCUGAUCCUGGCGUGCCUCUUCUUUCCCGCGGUAUGGGAGCGUCAAGAGUCCAUCAUCAGGAAAUGGGGUGAAUGGGCUAUCCAGCAUGGCCAGCGACAGUUGGCGAUGAGAUGGUACCUACUGAUUAACCAACCUGCCCCUUCUCAUAGCGUGGCUUGUACCAGCCAGGAGUCUACCGAACCUUGGACGUCGCCCUCGGCUGCCCAGCUUAUAUUCCAGAGUCUGAACGCAUCGAUACCCAAGAUGCUCAGCCCUCCACUGUCGCCUCCAGAUCUGAAUCGUGGCCCUCAACGCAGCAUGGCGAAGAAUGCAUCCCUCAAGCUCAUCACUUCCUUCUCUGGCGACAACGCUAAAUCGUUCCCCCGACCCGAUGACGGCCAGACCCCUAUUGCGGCUGGCGUGACACCUAUCGCCGAGUCUGCAAUGUCUCCUGGCGGAUUUGAGGAUCCUUCAACGGCACUCGUUCGCCCUUCCAAGCGAAGCGCGUUCAACACCCCAGCCUCUGCUCGUCCUGGUCGCAGUCUGCUUCCUUCCAUCGGCGAGACCCCGACUGACUCGACCCCGCGCGACUUUCUAACCGGUGCAAAGCAACCCCGUGACCGAUCCGUGAACAGGUCGAACCACAGCAGACAGCCAUCUAUUGACGGUGCUAGUUCCCUUUCGCUCGGGGUGCCAGGGAGGGCCUCCACUGCUAGCCCUGGGAUGAUGAUGGGCUCGCAUACGAAGAAGGAUCCGCCACUGCCAGCUCCAUCCCCGCAGUCUCUCGUGGCCUUGAUGGAAGGUCCUGAGAAAAGGAACGGAUCUAGGACUCGUAUGCCCACAGGCCUCGAUUUGCACCUCCCGCAAUUCGAUGCAGGUGCCGCCGAUCUUACGUCCCCUGAACAGUCGGAAGUGUCCUCCACGCGCCAUCACUGGCCCUCGAGACGACGAGGCCCCGCAUCUGUGAGUAGUUCGGCGACCUCGGCCUCGGCUGCCUCGAGCGUUGCUCGAGGCCAUCGUGUAUAUCAUCAAACCACCGGGAAAAGCCUCGACGAUUACAUUCAUAGCCUAGACGCCGCUCAGCAUACGCAUCAUACCCGUGCGACGAGUCGUGGACGUCAGCGCGAGUCUAGUCGACCGCGGAAGGCAAGUUCCGGCGCGAGAUCCUAUGACCGGGGACGCACUUCAUCGCGUAGCGCCUUUACUCCAAAGGGCCCGAAACGAUCCCCGACGUCCCCCAUCCCCAUGUCUCCCGAGGAUCUGAUCAACCUUUCUACGCCGAAGGUGGACACGAGCGGCGAAGAAGCGCCUGGCCUGUUGAUCGAUAUCUCGCACGACGAGGCCCAGCCGAGCACCGUAAAGAAGGUGAACAGGCAACCCCAGCGCGAGUCAUCGAGACCUCGGGUUUCGAGUCGGGCGCAGAGCCGAGAAGGCCGGCACCGGAGCCCGGACAGGCCAGUCCUAACCUCGGAUCUUCGUGGGCGAAGCAAGGGUCGUGAGGGCUCUAUGCUAAGGUCGCCAUCAUCGCCACUGCCUCUUUCCGCGAACCCGCUGCAUUAUGCUGGAUCCGAAGACGAGGAAGAUCUCAGAAAAGCGAUUGAGGCGAAGGAGAAGUUCCGUCGCAGGAAUGGCCGGAGCACAAGUCGGGGUGUCCAUGAUGAUCCUACAUCGCCCGGCUCCGUGGCGGAUAGAGCUCGCGAAAGAUCGGAGAGUCGACAGCGUGGGCUCGAUGGCAGAAGACGCACAACAACGCCGAUGCAGCCUAUAAGCGGCCACGCGGGCGACCUGAAGGCGAUGAAGGACGAGAGACAGGCCAAGAAGGACGCUGCCCGUGAGCUUGAAGAGCGGCGGAAGUCUCUUGCCCGCCGUCCGUCAGCUCCCCCUAUCCUCCACCCCGACGAGCUGCUUCCCACCACAGGUCGGACGCCUCCUCUUGAGGCCUUGGUUGAGCUUCCAAGCACCACAGUCCCGUCCCCGAGGGACCUCCCCACGAAGAGUGAGACGGUUGAGCCGGUCGCGACUCGGGGCACGUACGGAAGCCGGGGACCUCAAAUUGGACUUCCUGCCACCCCGAAAGCCAUGCGAUUAGUGCUCGAAUCCAACUCCAGCAAGGAAUCCAACGUGCCCGUUCCUCCGAUCCCUGCAACGUUCGCUCAGGCAUCUCCGCCUCUGCCGAACCACCCUUCCCCCUCGCGGUUUUCUCCGAAGAAACUUGAACCCGAAGCGGAGCCCCGGCCUUCUCUGACCCUGCUGCCCUCGACAGUUUAUAGCCCGCCUGCCCGGCAGCCAAUUGCCCGUUCUCUGUCUUGCCCUCUCGAAGAAGAUGUUGCUCACAUGGCCCUCCAAGGUGGACAGUAUAGCCGCGGACUCCCUCGCGUGAACUUGAUGAGGAAGGGUAGCACGGAUUCGAACGCGUCUCCGGCUCCGGAGAACAACAAUCGAAGUGGGCGAAGGCCUUCCUACGAUGACCAGAUCCCACCUCCAACCUCUCCACCUCCGCCGAUUCUUCCGGAGCUCCAGCAUCUUGUCUCGCCGCCGCCGCCUCCUCCAGCUCCUCUGCCAUACCGUGCCGGUGGCAAGCCCGUGGUCUAUGGUGGCAAGCCUGUGGUCUAUGGUGGCCAGACGCCGGGUGCGAUCGAGAUUGUGAUGGACGACGACCAGCAACCGUCAUCGCCGUCGGUUCCUGUGGCAAUCCCCGUUAGCGAGGCGAUCGUGCCCAUCAUAGCCCCCCCUGCGCCGCCAUCCUCGCGCAACGCUCAUCACCGGGGUCGGAGCAGCGUUGACAACAGCAUCGCAGGCCGCAUCUCCAGGGCCACGGAGCGGAUGCGGUCGGCGAGCCGCAGCCGCACCAAUACACCGGCCCUGAGCCGCACCAAGUCCCCCGAGAUCAGCCCGCCCGCGCCGUAUGAGAGCGUCCCGGCCAUGAACUUCAACCGCACCGGCCUGCACCAGAGCGAGAUGAUCUAAGCUGGGAAGCUCGCGUGCACACACACCUCCAUCCCUGCAAUACACGCCCGUCCUGGAUGGUUCCCGCUCCUUUCAAACCGUUUCGAUUCGAUCUAUCAGCACAUCUAUUCAUCAAUUGCAUUCAUCUAUUCGAUUCUUGCAUGGCACUUGGCGUUCAACAAUUUGAUACCAUUCCAACCACUUCCUUGGGCUUGAUCGAUCCACAAUCAAGUGCUCUGACUUGGUCUUUCUAUUCACACAUCUUUCCACUCCCGUAUCUUCUUCCCCG